UUGUAGCAAUCGCACGAUUUAUUGAGGUUUGAAUCGUUUCUAGCAAGCACCCCUACAAUCAAUUAUAUAUCAUACAGAACCAAUGUGUGGGAGGUUUGCAUUAGGGGUCAACUUAAACGAUCUUCCAGCUGAAUUCACAAAUACCGUUUACAAUCAAGGUGGAGGAGGUGAUAGAGAAAACACGUCUAGAAAUGAAUUAAUCAAUUCGUCUGAGGGUGUCUAUAAUUCUGAAGUUAGAGGAUCAGAAGAGGAUUUAAUUAGGAUCCAAUUUGAUUCAUCACGAGUUCAAAGAUGGGAUGGAAGUUACAAUAUUGCACCCACUAAUACUGGUCUUAUUGUUUAUAUGAUAAAUACCAGCAAUGUUGAUUAUAGUUAUGUGUUAGAGCCACUGAAAUUCGGAAUGGUUCCAUUUUGGGCUAAACCAAAUGAUCCAACAGCUACUGCUAAUGGUGGUAAAUAUUCCAAAGAACUACAAAGAACAGAAUCCCGAUAUUUUAAUUGUCGAAAGGAAUCCCUCGAGCUGGGCCAAGCAGUCUGGAGUAGUAGUAAGAAGAGAAAUAGAUGUGUGGUUCCAAUCCAAGGCUAUUUCGAAUGGUUAAAAUCUAAAAGCGAGAAAACUCCCCAUUAUAUUCAUUCAACCAAAUCCUCCCUCAUAUACUUAGCAGGAAUGUAUUCCCAUAAUUCGAAUUACACCGAGAAUUAUAAUGUCAAGAGUGAAUAUCUUUCGUCAUUUACCAUUGUCACAGGGCCAGCCAUUUCUACAGAUACAGGGGAUAUAUCCUGGCUUCAUGAAAGAAAGCCUAUACUACUUGAACCGGGAACUAAAGCAUGGUAUGAUUGGCUUGAUCCAAAUAAACCAUGGCUGGAUUCUAUGCUUAAGGAUGUGUUGGAUACUACUCAUAAUAAGGCGUAUAUUGACAUUGAAGGAUAUCCUGUUUCUAACGAUGUGGGAAAUCCUAAAAACAAAGGUGAAACUAAUAUCAAGAAACAGAAGAAGACCCAAAGAGAUAUAAGUUCAUUCUUUACUCCUACUAAGAAGAGAGUAAAAGAAGAAGAUUCACCGGAAACUCUGGCUAAGAAAUUAAAGACAGAAAAUGUGGGUGAAGUGAAUUCUCCGACGAAGGCAAACAAUCACACUACUUAUGUCAAAAAAGAAGAGUAAUUGUGAAUCCAUGUCAAACUGGAUAAUGACAUCAAAGCUUUCUAAAUUCUAAGUAGGCCCAUUACCGGCGGCCAUCUUACGAGAACGGCAUAUUUUAUGUGCAGGACAUAUAUUUGCGUAUUGCUGGCAUUUCGAUU